CACACCCCCUAGGCUAUGCAGAGUUUUUAUCCACCGGCCAAUCAAAAUAUUGUUGGCCUACAAGGGCGCAGGGAGCUGGAGGAAACCGAGGGAGAGCGACUGAGUUUCGGGGAAGCGAGUCACGGAGACACCGUGGAAAACAUCAACAACAACAAAAUGCCGAAUAAAACUAAAAAAGAAAAGGAGCCAACAAAAUCUGCUAAAAGCAGCACUAAAAACAGCAGCGUAGGAAAGGAUCCAGCUCCAGACAACUCGGAAGAGGCACAACUGCAGCAACAGACUGCAAGCAAACGACCCAGCAACAGCACCCCGCCUCCUACCCAGCUGAAUAAAAUCAAAUACUCCGGGGGACCACAGAUUGUAAAAAAGGAAAGGCGCCAGAGCUCGUCCCGCUUCAACCUGAGCAAAAACCGGGAACUGCAAAAACUACCUGCUCUCAAAGAUGCGCCUUCUCACGAGAGGGAAGAUCUCUUCAUCCAGAAGCUGCGGCAGUGCUGCGUGCUCUUCGACUUUGUCACAGACCCCCUCAGUGACUUGAAGUACAAGGAGGUGAAGCGAGCUGGUCUCAAUGAGAUGGUGGAGUACAUCACACAUAAUCGGGAUAUCAUCACUGAGUCUAUCUACCCAGAGGGGGUCAUCAUGUUUUCAGUGAACCUAUUCAGGACCCUGCCUCCUUCAUCUAACCCAACGGGGGCAGAAUUUGAUCCAGAAGAGGAUGAACCAACAUUGGAAGCAGCCUGGCCUCACCUACAGCUUGUAUAUGAGUUUUUCCUAAGAUUCUUGGAAUCUCCAGAUUUUCAACCAAAUAUAGCCAAGAAAUACAUUGACCAGAAGUUUGUAAUGUCCCUGCUGGAAUUAUUUGAUAGUGAAGACCCCAGGGAAAGGGACUUCCUAAAGACCAUUCUACACAGGAUCUAUGGCAAGUUCCUGGGCCUGAGAGCUUAUAUACGACGGCAGAUCAAUAAUAUAUUUUACAGGUUUAUAUAUGAAACAGAACACCAUAAUGGAAUUGCAGAACUUUUAGAAAUAUUGGGAAGUAUAAUCAACGGCUUUGCAUUACCACUGAAAGAAGAACAUAAAAUGUUUCUAAUCCGAGUAUUACUCCCGUUACACAAAGUGAAGUCGCUUAGUGUCUAUCACCCACAGCUGGCCUAUUGUGUGGUGCAGUUCUUAGAAAAGGACAGCAGCCUUACAGAACCAGUGAUUAUGGGUUUGUUGAAGUUCUGGCCAAAGACUCACAGUCCGAAGGAGGUGAUGUUUUUGAAUGAACUGGAGGAGAUACUGGAUGUCAUCGAGCCAUCAGAGUUUGUAAAAGUCAUGGAGCCACUUUUCAGACAGCUGGCAAAAUGUGUGUCCAGCCCGCACUUUCAGGUGGCAGAGAGAGCAUUGUAUUACUGGAACAAUGAAUAUAUCAUGAGUUUGAUCAGCGAUAAUGCAGCAAAAAUCCUCCCCAUCAUGUUCCCUGCCCUAUACAAGAAUUCUAAAAGCCACUGGAACAAGACAAUCCAUGGGCUGAUCUACAAUGCACUGAAGCUGUUUAUGGAAAUGAACCAGAAGCUGUUUGAUGAUUGCACUCAGCAGUACAAAGCAGAAAAACAAAAGGAGAAAUAUAAACUGAAAGAGCGAGAAGAGAUGUGGUACAAGAUUGAAGAGCUGGCUCAACAAAAUCCUCAGAUUGCAAAGGUUUACCCGACUGUCACUCCAAGACUCCCCACUGGUGUGCUUCAUCCUUCAGAAGAGUUUAUGGUGUACAAUGAGACCCCUGCUGUGAUGCCUUUAUAUUCCAUGGAGACAGAGACCCCGACAGCUGAGGAUAUUCAGUUGCUGAAGAAAACUGUUGAAACUGAGGCCACACAGGUGAUCAAGGAAAUAAAGAAGGAUAAGGUGUUGAUGCGUCGGAAGUCGGAGCUGCCUCAGGAUGUGUACACUAUAAAAGCCCUGGAGUCCCACAAGCGGGCAGAGGAGUACCUGACUGCCAACCAGGAGGCACUCUGAUGUGGGACCAGCCCUGCCCUGUCCUGCCCUCUAGGGAAAGCACCCACCCUCCCACACCACCUGCUUUCCUCUCUUCAGCCGGAGAACCCUAUCUGUAAACAUGUUUACACAGCACCACACACACACACACACAAACACACACACACACAGAGAUGCUCACACAGGCACCUGCAAGGAAAUUCGUUGAGCAGUGUUUUCGUUGCCCUAUCCUAUUGUCUUUAACCUUGUCAUUCACACUGUUUUGGUUUUAAAAUGUUAGUGUCCAGUACGACAGCUAUGAAAGUAUCAUUUAAUUAGAUCUUGCAUCUUGUCAUUUUUUAGCAAACACAAAAAUCUUGAAAAAGUUGCCCCCCCCCCCCAGUUUUAUUUUUGAUUACAAAGUUUAAACGCUGCUUGUAAAUCUCCUUUCCAAACAAGUCUUUAUUUAUUCUUGGAGAUUUACAAUAAGGCCUACUAUUCCAGUGUUUUGGGUUAUGUGUUGUUCAAUUUGUGUUUAACACCUGAUAUAAAAACAAUAAAAAUAAAUAAAUAGAAUAUAUUCUAUAACUGUUAAAAAAAAUCCAACAACAGGCUGUGUCAUCGCCGUUAGUUCCCCACUUGUGGCUUUCAUCACAAAAUAUUGUUUUACUGAGCCCAGUGUGAUCAUUUACUGGUUGGAACUGAAAUUCUGGACCAGUUUGAUGUCUUUCACUUGGCAUGGAAUAGUGUGGUACUACUGCUUUGUCAUGAUUCAUCUAAUCUUAACCAACUCGUAUUUAAUCGCACUUAAACACAAUAUAUGAUAACAUUAUUCAGUCACUCAUUUCCGUAAUAAAGAAUUUGAGAUUUGAAUUAAAAAAAAAAAAAAAAAAAAAAAAAAAGAUAGCUCUGCUUUUAAAAGCAAUUUAUCUGGAGUAUUUACUAGAUAUUUAAUUUGAAUGAUCUGUAAUCACAUAUUUUAAUUGAUCACAGUUAUUGUAUGAGGACUCAAGUUCACUUUCUGUUUUCUGGAUUUAGACUUUUGAAAAGUAGAAUAUAUAAACUUUGUAAUAACCUGUUCUUUUCUUUCGAGUUUGUGUGUGUCUAAAGAUCAGGCUUUUCUACACAUUUUAAUUUUGAAGUUAUGUUCACGUGAGGUCCCAUAUUUACUUAUUGCACUUAUGUUCUGUUUAUUUCAAAAAGCCUUGUCAUUUUUUGUAAUGCUGGUAUGUUGUAAAUAAGCCCAGGUAUUGUGUAUAGUUUGAUUUUAAUCCUACAUCUCCUGUUCUGCUGAAAUGUGACGAUUCGAUAGGAUUAGUCAGUCAGUACGUUUCAGACUGUUGAACAGUCAAACUGCAGACCACCUGCCUGGAAAAAAAAACAUUUUCAAUGCAUGGAAGUGUUUGGGUCGGAUCUAGAGGUUAGGGGUAUGUUACUGGGAGCUGUGGUUUAAGGGUAAUGUGCUUGAGUAUGGAACGUAUGGGCAAAAGCACAAUGAACGUCCCCCCAAUAUUACUAUCCCUAUAGCUUGUAAAUACUGUAGAACUCCCUAUAGCUUGUACAUUUUGUGGGGUGUACUUUCUCCCUAAGGUGUUAUAGAAUGUUACACAAAGCAUUCAGCAUUCAUUGCAUUUCUUAGUAUUGACAUAAAUUACAUUCAAUUCUCUGGGACCUUUACUGUGAUAUCACCCAUAUGGGAUUUAACUGGUUUGUAGAGAUCAAUGACAUCUCGUCCAUCAAUUUAAAACCAUGAACUUGCAUUUCCAGCACCCAUGGCAUUGUACUGCAUAUUUUUCUAUUUUGUCCUACAUCUUGUUUAGCUCUAUUCAGGAGUAAACUGCCUUCCAUUAUACUUUUUUUAAUUCCUUGUGCAAUGCAAAACUAGAACGUAGUGUGUGUUUUUUAGACCGCAGUCUCUUCAACGGCUGGAUUUGUAAUCAUGUGUAGGAGAGCUUUUAAAAAAAAAAAAAAAAGAAAAAAAAAAAGAAGAUAUAUUGCAGAUAGAAAAUCCUUUUUUUUCUGUAUAUUUGCUUGUUUUUAUUUAGUCUCUGCCCUAGAUUAUAUCGUGUAUAGAUAAUAAACAAACUAAAAAAAGCGCCUAAGCAAUGUUAAAAAAAUCUAACAAAAAAACAACCACCAUGCAUCAGGUGUAUGGGACAGUGCUCUACAAUCCUUAUGCGGGGACGGGGAGGGGGUAAGAAACUAUGAGACUUGCUUAUUAUUCAGGCUGUUAUAGGGGAGGGGAGGGGGUCUGCAGUAAAGUGUUGCAAAUAUUUGUGUAUUGUAUAUUGUAAUGUAUGUUGCUUAGGGUUGCAAACCUGUCCCCGAUCCUCCCUUUCUCCUGGCUUUGUCAAGACCACCUCUGCCCUGCUGCACGAUUUCAGUUUUCAGUUACAAGGUGUGCUACUUGACCUUCUCUAUCAUUCAGUUUCUAAUCAUUCCAAAGGUGGGAUCCACUUCUCCCAAAAUGAGGCUGCUGGUUAAGUGAUUCUCAUAGACAAGCCAGGGCAACAGCACUGCUGCGGGUAGUGCUAGUUUAGCGUUUUAAGAGGCAAGAGCAGUUAAUGCAAAGGUGUAGAUGUUCACAUUUAAGCUAUUGCAUAGACCCAUUAAGUGGAGACGUAUUUAGAUUGUUAUUGUAUUCAUUCCUUAUGGACCAAGCCACACUAAAUACUGUACUUCAGAAUGUGAGAAUUGCUGUUAGCUAAAAUGUACUUUUAUUGUACUAGUUUUUGCUUUUGUAAAUCUAGUGGGCCCCUUGACUCCAUGGCAUAAUGAAAAACACAAGCUUUUUUGUUGUCCAAAUAUGUCAAACUACACGAGUCAACAAUUUAACAAUAGUCUAGGCAGCUUAUAUGAAAUCUAAAGCCCUCUUCUAAAACACCAAAUAAAUACUUUCACUAAAUACUGUACUUCCAUAGCUUAUGCAGACAGUGUUCUUUUUAAGUUCAUGUUUUUAUAAAUGGUAGUGUAUAAUGUGGCUUUCAAAUUUGUUUUUAUUAAUAAAAGAUUUUUCCUGCCUGAUAGUCAGCAGAUACCCUGAGUCAAUAAAAAUAAAAUGUUUAUUUGCGUGCCUUCCCAUAGGGCCCUGUUUAAAUAGUUUGAACAUACCUGCAAGGCUGAGAAACCCUAGCUCUCAGCGUGAGGUAUACAGAGCGCUGUGAGUGUACUGGGUGUUCAUUUUCUCCAGCAGCUUUAGAUGAAUUAGAGGCUUAUAGAGAAGAAAUGGUCUUUUCCCCAUCUCCCUCCUCACCCUUUCCCUUCAAUUCUGACACUAAUGUUCAGCAACUUUCCAGCUCUCAUAUGUACAUAUAUUGUACUUUAUUUAGGUAGAGCAUUACAUAGUAUGAAAAUGUCAUUUUGUACAGAUGUUCAUGUAUGUACAGAACAAAAUAAAAUGGGUCUCCUUGAAAAAGAA